AUGAGGUGUAUGGCAGACAUUGAUUGCCACGGGCAAAUAUUAGCAGCAAUAUUUGCUAUCAGUUUGCUUUCAAAUCUAUGCUCUUCGACUCAAGCUGAUAACAACGUUGAUGUAGGGGCCAUCGUGGACUCUGAUUCUUUGGUGGGGAAAGUGGCCAAAACUGCCAUUUAUUUAGCUGUGGAUGAUGUGAAUAAUGAUCCACACCUUCUGAAUGGCAUGCGUCUCCUCCUGCAUAUGCGCGACGGGGAAGGAGAUUCCCUCGGUGGUGCGAGCGCCGCUGUUGACCUGCUGAAAGAGGAAGCAGUAGCAAUAAUCGGGCCACAAAAGUCUGAAGUCGCAGAGUUCGUAUCAGAUGUGGGAGAUGCAGGCAAUGUGCCGAUUGUGACGUUCUCUGCUACGAGUCCCCUGAUUUCCAACUCCAGAUUUUCAUACUUCGUUCGUAUGGCACGCAGCGAUGCGUUGCAAAUGAAGGCCAUUGCAGCCCUCAUAAGGUACUAUGGCUGGAGAAGAAUUGUGGUUGUUUAUCCUGACGAUGACUUCGGUUUCGGCGCCGUAAAUUCGUUAAGCGAUGCGCUGAGGGACGUCGGGUCCGAAAUAGAAUACAGAUCGUCAAUUUCCCCAAGUGCAACCAGGCAGGACAUAAGGGAGGAGCUCUUCAAAGUGAAUAAUAUGCAGUCCAGAGUGUUCGUUGCUCACAUGACCGACACUCUCGGAUUGAAGCUGUUUGCGGAGGCGCAUGAGAUAGGAAUGAUGGGGCCCGGUUAUGUCUGGAUAACAACAGAUGGAUUUACCAGUCUUUUGGAUACUCUGCUCAAUGCUUCCACUAUGGCGUCCAUGGAAGGCGUUGUCGGAGUGAAGACAUAUGUUCCCCAUUCAGAAAAGCUUAAAAAUUUCACCAAACGGUGGAAACAAAAAAAUAGGGCUGAAAACCCUGGCGAGGAUUUACAGCUCAAUCAGUACGGUUUAUUGGCAUACGACAGCGUCCGUAUGCUAGCCGUGGCCAUUACUAAAUUGAUAUCCAGUAAUAUCAGCUUUAACUUCUCGAAGCCUUCUAGUCCUCCACCAGCACUUGGAAAUGCAACGGACUUGACAAAUAUCAUGGUAUUUCAGCAGGGGCAGCAGCUGUUGCAACACAUACUUGAAACUAACUUUACCGGGCUAAGCGGCGCUGUUAAACUUAGCAAUGGAGAACUAUCAGGGUCUACUUAUGAAAUAGUGAAUGUGGCAGGCAAAAGUUACCGUUCCAUUGGUUACUGGACGGAUGAUCAUGAAACUCAGUAUCUGUCUAGGGUGUAUCCACUACCUUUUAACAAUACCGUAGAAAGUCUUAAGACGGUGAUUUCGCCAGUAGGAGGCGCGGAGAUUCCACGGGGUUGGGUGAUACCCACAACCAGCAGACCCCUUCAAAUAGGGGUGCCCCUAACGAAAGGCUUCAAGGAGUUCAUAACUGUCACAUAUGAUAAAAGCCGUAAGCAAAACGUUGUCAAGGGUUUCUGUAAGGAUGUAUUUGACGCGGUUCUCAGCCGGCUUGACUAUGCACUGCCAUACGAUCUCAUACCUUAUGCCUCUGAUACGUAUGACGAUCUUGUCUAUCAAAAAUUCGAUGCGGUAGUUGGCGAUACUACAAUUUUAGCAAAUCGAAGCAAUUUUGUGGAUUUUACACAUCCGUAUACAGAAACUGGCAUGGCAAUGGUGGUGCCCAUUACGACUGAAGGCGGCAACAAUCCAUGGGCAUUUCUUCUCCCAUUUACUCUUGACUUGUGGUGUACAGCAGGGGCACUUUUCAUCUUUACAGGAGUCGUGUUACGGAUCGUUACAAACAUAUACUUCACAAUGGUUUUGCAUUCAGCCAUUUACAGUUUACUUAGAAACCUCCCUUCAGAGAAUUUAUAUCCUUCCACUCUGGCAAUGUUUGCAGGAGAGGCGAUCAGGAGAAAUGAAACUCGAGUUGCCAUUAUAAUCUGGCUUUUUGUAGUUCUGAUAUUGGUGUCGAGCUAUAUAGCAAAUCUCACUUCAAUCCUCACAGUUAAACAAAUGACGCCAAAGAUUAUAAGUGUGGACUCUCUCAUAAACAAAAGACUUCCAGUGGGCUAUCAAGGAGGAUCUUUUGUGCGUGAUUAUCUUCAAAAACACUUCCGAAUAACAAAACACAAUUUGAAAAAUUAUUCAAAUCCUGAACAAUAUGCCGAGGCUCUGACAAAGGGUCCAGACAACGGUGGCGUUGCUGCUAUUUUUGACGAGAUCCCUUACAUACGCCUUUUCUUGUCCCAGCAUUGUGGGUAUACAGUCGUGGGGCCUACCUACAGAACCGGCGGUCUAGGAUUUGUGUUUUCCAAAGGUUCUCCUCUGCUCUCAGAAAUUUCCAGGGCCGUUUUGUCUCUCUUAGAGGACCCAGAAAUGCAGAAAAUCGAAGCCAUGUAUUUCAAUAAUGACAACGUGUGCGCUAGUUCCGGACCAACAGGAGAAUCAAACAGGUUGAGCAUUCAUAGUUUUUGGGUGCUAUUUAUAAUCACAGGAUCUGUAUCACUAAUAGCACUGAUGGUAUUCUUCUCCCGUCUCCUGUACGCAGAGCUUUCAGAAUAUCAUUACUUGAUUAUAAAUGAUUUUGUAAUGUGA